AUGGCAGAACAGGAUGCUAGAGCAGCCAAUGAGGAUAACCAACAAAGGGCUAUUCGGGACUAUAUAAGGCCGGUUGUCAAUGACAACUAUUUUGGCAUCGUACGCCCAGCAAUUGGUGCAAACAAUUUCGAAUUGAAGCCAGGGGAUAAAGCAAAGGCUUGGUUCCAGUCACUACCGUAUGGCUCAAUUACAAUUUGGGAUGAUUUGGCUCAGAAAUUCCUGACCAAGUACUUUCCACCUUCUAAAUCAGCUCAACUUCUCGCCUGGGAAAGAUUUAAAGACUUGCUUAGGAGAUGUCCUCAACAUGGGUUCCAGAAAUGGGUGCAAAUUGAGAUAUUUUAUAAUGGGCAGACAAGGACUAUGUUAGAUGCAGCUGCGGGAGGCAUUUUAAUGGCUAAAACAGCAGAGGCUGCAUAUGCUUUAUUGGAUGACAUAGCUACCCAUAGUUACCAAUGGCCAAGUGAGAGAUCGGGUGUAAAGGAAGUACUAGGACUUCAUGAAGUGGAUCCCAUCACCGCACUAGCAACUCAGGUUGCAUCACUCACAAAUCAGAUAGUCACGCUUACCACUCAAAGAAAUCAACAGAAGGUAGAUUCAGUUAUGAGUACUUCUUCAUCACACCAUGAAACAGAGAUUGCAAAUGAGCAGGCUCAAUAUGUCAACAAUAGAAACUACAAUCAAAGAGGAAACUACCAGGCUAAUCACUACCGUCCAGGGCUGAGAAAUCAUGAAGACUUAUCAUAUGGCAACAAUAGAAACACACUUCAACCUCCACCUGGAUUCAACACUCAAAAUUCUGAAGGAAAACCAUCCUUGGAAGACAUACUCAGGACAUUCAUCUCUGAAACAAGGUCACGCCUCAACAAAGAUGAAUCACGGUUAGAUAAUAUUGAAACCCAUGUGUCUAACAUGGGAGCCACAAUGAAGAAUCUUGAAGUGCAGAUUGGUUAG